AUGGGUGAUGAGGAGAUUACUUACACAACUGUGAGAUUCCAUAAGUCUUCAGAGUUGCAGAAUCAAGGAAGGGCUGAUGAGACACAAGGGCCCAGAGAAGCUGGCCACAGAGGGUGUUUAGUUCCAUGGCACCUCAUUGCAAUACCUCUAGGAGUCCUUUGUUCCAUUCUGCUGGUGACAGUUGCAGUGUUGGUGACACACAUUUUUCAGUAUAGUCAAGAAAACUAUGAACUACAGAAAAAUCUAAACAACCCCAAUCAAAGGAAUAUCACCAUGCAAAAUAACAGCUGCUUGAAUGAAACUUUGAGAAGAAAGUCUACAGGGUGUGAUGACUUCCAACAUCAGAAGGAACCAGACACUCUCAAUAGAAAACAGAACAGAUGCUGUGGGGGAACUAAGGUUGUUUUUGAUUGUGUGCAGCACACAGGGAAACCUGUUGAAGGACGUUUGUUCUGCCGUGGCAUAAAAUGUUAUUAUUUCAUCAUGGACAAUAAACGCUGGAGUGGAUGUGACCAGACCUGCCAGGACUGCAGCUUAUCCCUUUUGAAGAUAGAUGAUGAUAAUGAACUGAAGUUUCUACAGUCCCAGUUUACUACAAACAGAUACUGGAUUGAAUUAAAAUAUAACGGAAGCAAGGGGAAUGGCAAUGGACUGGCGAUGGCCCAUCUAAACUGUGAGUUUCCUGAGCCCUCACACUCUAACACUGGUGCACAUAAUUUGACAACAGUGAAAUUAUUACAGGAAGUUGGAGGCUGUGCAUAUCUGAGUUUUGGAGGUAUACAUGAAGAUGACUGUGGUCGAAACCACGCCUGUAUCUGUGAAAAGAGAAUGGAUAAAUUCCCUGGUUUUAUAUACAGUAUGAAGGAAAAAUAA